AUGCAGGGGCCGGUGAAGAACACAGCAAAGCGGCCAAGUUCUGACGACGUCCCCGCCAGCGAGCGCAGCAAGAAGCAGAGGAUGGCCGAAGCACCUGAAACCAUGGACAUUGAUGAGAACCUUCACAGCAGGCAGUUGGCGGUCUAUGGCCGCGAGGCGUUCCGCAAGUUCCAGACGGCCAGCGUGCUGGUGGCUGGCAUGAACGCCCUCGGCGUCGAAGUCGCCAAGAACGUGAUCCUGGCCGGCGUGCGUGCCGUCACGAUCCACGACACCAAGGCAGUGGAGACGCGCGACCUUGGCGCGCAGUUUUACCUGACACAGGACGACGUGGGCCAGAACCGGGCAGAGGCGUGCCGCGACAAGCUGCAGGAGCUCAACGGCGCUGUCGAGGUGGCCGCUAGCUCGCAGGAGCUGACUGCUGAAUUCAUUGGACAAUUCCAGGUGGUGGUGCUCACGACGGCGAGCCUGGAGGAGUCCAAGCGCAUCAACGAGGUGUGCCGCACCCACAGCCCGCCAAUCGCCUUCAUUCGUGCGGAGACGCGGGGCGUGUUUGCCAGUGUAUUUACGGACUUUGGCCCGUCCUUCACGGUGUUUGAUACGGACGGCGAGGAGCCCCACAGCGGUAUCGUGGCCUCCGUGACCAGCGGCAACCCGGCCCUCGUCACCUGCAUCGACGACGAGCGCCUGCAGUUCCAGGAUGGUGACCUGGUCAAGUUCACCGAGGUGGUGGGCAUGGAGGAGCUCAACACCCACAAGCCCAUUCGCGUCAAAAACCCCAAGGCCCACUCUUUCGAGCUGGAUCUGGACACGACCGGCUUUGGAGAGUACAGCCGUGGCGGCAUUGUGACGCAGUUCAAGGAGCACAAGACGCUCGCUUUCAAGAGCCUGGCAGAGGCCAUUGAGUCCCCCGGUGAGUUCCUGCUGUCAGACUUUUCCAAGAUGGACCGCCCCCCGCUGCUGCACCUCGCAUUCCAGGCCCUGGACGCCUUCCAGGCCGAGUCUGGCGCCCUGCCGCGCCCCGGCAACGCGGGUGACGCUGCCAGGCUGGUGGCCCUGGUGGAGGGCCUCAACGCGGCGGCCCCCCAGGAGGCGCGGCUGGAGCUGGAUGACGCCGCCAGGGGCGUGCUGCGCAAGCUGGCCAGCGGUGCGAGCGGGGAGCUCAACCCCAUGGCGGCCAUGUUUGGCGGCUUUGUGGGCCAGGAGGUGGUGAAGGCCGUGAGCGGGAAGUUCACGCCCCUGUUCCAGUGGUUCUUCUUUGACAGCGUCGAGUCUCUGCCGGAGGAGCUGCUGCCAGAGGCGGAGUACGAGGCACCCGGCAGCAGGUACGAGGGCCAGGUGGCCGUGUUUGGCCGCGCCGUGCAGCAGCGGCUGGCCGGGCUCAAGGUGUUCCUGGUGGGCGCGGGCGCCCUGGGCUGCGAGUUCCUCAAGAAUUUCGCGAUGAUGGGAGUGGCCACAGAGGGUGGUGAGCUGACUGUGACGGACGACGACACCAUUGAGAAGAGCAACCUCAGCCGCCAGUUCCUCUUCAGGAACUGGCACAUAGGAAGCUCCAAGAGCACGGUGGCGGCAGAGGCAGCGCAGAAGCUCAACCCAGCCAUUCGCAUCAACGCGCUGCAGGUGGGUUGUUGA